AUGCUUCCCAAUGUCCCACCAAAACCACUGAAGGAGCAAGUUUUGGACCACGAUAAGCUGGAAUACCCGCUUGUGCCUACGAGCGUGACACAGAGGCUGAAGUUUCCUUCAGAACUGCCUCAGUAUUUUAACGAGCUGAGCACGGCUAAACUCCAGGAACUGGCCAGGUCCCCUGAUUUGCUUCAGAGCUAUCUAUACAAAACAUCCAAUUUUGACCAAAUAGGCACAGAGAUUGUGGAAUCGCUGGAAAAACAGAUAGAGUACACCACCAAACUGCUGAAAAACGUGAAAGAGGAUAUUGUGCCACAGACAGACCAGAUUAACAAGCAAUUGGAGCAGUUCCACGAGAAGUUAAAGAAAUUCGACCAAUUGCAGGUCCGCAUGUACGACCUGCUGAACAAGUACUCGAGAGAGUCCAUUAUACGGGCUGUGGAGCGCAGCGUUAAUGAUAAAGACAGAGAUACUAAGUCUCUUGUGGACCAGAUCCGUUCGUCACCAGCUGAGAUCGAUGAAGCACAGCUGGCGUCCUUCAUGAGCACAUACACUACAGAGCGUCAAGAGUACUAUCUUAAACUGGAAAAAUUGCAUAGAUUGUACGAAGAGAGAGUUGGCGGGCUCGAAACGCCUUAG